AUGGAUUAUAGUGUGGUGCAUGCGCCUGGUCCUUACACUAUACGGAUCCUAGGUCAAACUCACCACAAAAUUGGUUCGCUUAUACCGCAACAAGGCCGUCUCCCAGAAUAUCUACAGCUUUAUAUAUUUGAUACGAGCAACGAAGUCAGAAACCGCUUAAAUGCGAUGGAGAAAACUUCAGUAGAAGGUAAUCUCGAUGAGACAACCUUAUGGCGCCUCAUCGAGAUGAUUGACGAGAAUAAUUGUUUAACUAAGAUUUUUCGACGGGCACGUGACCACUACGAAGGCGUUAGGACAGAGUUUGCUAUUAGGUUGCUCCCAGAUAAAGGAAAGGGGAAAGAAUAUGGUCUUCCGAGUACAAGUGAGGUGGCAGGCCUUAUUGUAGGGGAUAUGUCAUCAACAAUUGGGGUACGAGAUAUAGUGGUCCGAUUUCAAUCUGACACUCUGCAGCAAAUACGUGAUGAUCAUCCUCUAUACAUGAGCCUACAAUAUCCUCUUUUGUUUCCAUAUGGUGAGUAUGGGUUUCACCCAGAGAUCCCACUACAUCUUGAGACAGACACUUCAAGACAAUACUACGCUUCUCAAAUCCAGACACGUCUUAACCAAGGGAAGACAUUGAUUAAAGGAGGUCGUCUCCUCCAUCAAUUUGUUGUGGACGUUUAUACGGCAAUUGAGGAAGAUCGACUAAGGUGGGUGAGGAAUAAUCAAGAUUUCUUGAGAGCCGAGCUCUACAGUAAUGUACUCGAUGCUGUAAGGAAGGGUGACACUGAUGCUAAAAUGAUUGGUCAAAGGUUCAUACUGCCACCAAGUUUCACAGGCGGGCCCCGGUACUUUGUUGAGAAAUACCAUGAUGCGAUGGCUAUUUGCAGAGAAUAUGGAAAUCCAGAUUUGUUUAUCACAAUAACGGCCAAUCCUAAUUGGAGAGAGAUUAAAGGGCAUCUUUUGAAAUAUGGUGGAGACUCUUCCAAUGAUAGACCUGACAUUGAAUGUCGAGUCUUUAAGAUGAAGUUAGAUCAGCUACUCAAAGAUUUCAAAUACGGAACCUUCUUCAAGCCAUACACAGCAGCUCUUCACAGGAUAGAGUUUCAAAAAAGAGGGCUCCCUCAUGCACAUAUAUUAUUGUGGUUUGGAAACUCUUCCAGAACACCAAGUGAAGAGGAAGUAGAUGAGAUAAUUUCAGCUGAACUCCCAGACAAAGAAGAAGACCCAGAAGCUUACAAUUUAGUAACAAAACACAUGAUCUAUGGUCCAUGUGGUGUUAUUAAUCGGAAGUCACCAUGUAUGGAGAAUAAUGUGUGCACGAAAAAGUAUCCUCGGCCGUAUAAUGACUAUACAUCGAUUGACAAAUCAGGGUAUGUGUUAUAUCGUCGGCGCAUGAACAAAAAUGUGUUUGUGGUAAAGGAUGGGACAGUCCUAAACAACAAUUUUGUUGUACCUCAUAACAUUAAGCUCCUGAAGAAAUAUGAAGCUCAUAUUAAUGUUGAAUGGUGUAAUCGUACAAGUGCAGUGAAGUACUUAUUCAAGUAUAUAACCAAGGGGGUUGACAGAGCAACCGCAGUUAUUGAAAAGGGAAUACGGCAACUACCUCUGACACAGUGGCCACUGGCGAACCAAAAGAGAGAGUUAUGA